GUAAUAUCUUCUGUCUAAUGUGUAAUUAAAAUCGUAGACAGUGAUUUAUUAUAAUAUUUAUAUUAAUACUAUUUUAUCUACAUUAAUACUAUUUUAUUCACAUUAAUGCUAUUUUAUCAUAUAUAUAUUUUAGAUUUCUUUCUAUAUUUUUAUAUAUAAUUAUAUUGAAUAAUGUAUUCACGAAAAUUAUUAAAAAGUAAUAAAAUUUUUAAUUUUAAAUCUAAUUAUAUAUUAAAAAAAUAUUUAAGUGAAGUUAUUGAUUCUCAUAUUAAUUAUCGGGAAACUCAAUUUGAACCUCUUCCAAAAAAAAAACCGCAAAGAAUAUCUUUUUUAACAGCUCUACUUACAAAAAAUGUUAAUAGUGAAGUUUUCACUUAUCCAGAACAAAUAUCUCUUAGAUAUAAUGAUUUUUUUAAAUGGUUAAAACCAAUUGAAAUUUAUAUGUCAAGUUGUGUUAAUAAAAAAUUAGAUAAAAAUCAGAUAUUAAAUCAACUUAGAGAACUUGAAGUAUUUCGAACACAUAUUAGUGAAGAAUAUUUUGGUUUAACUUUAUCAAACUCAGAAUCAUUGAAAUUAAUAGAAACACUAAGUACUUUACCUUGGUUAGGUACAUAUAUAGUAAAAAAUCAUAUUUCACCACUUCAAAUAAUUUCUAAAUAUGGAUCAGAAAGUCAAAAAAUUAAAUAUUAUCCAAAAAUUAUGAGUGGUGAAAUGAUUCCUACAAUAUGUGUAUAUGAAGGUGAUCAUAGAGCAAAUAUCAAUAGCAUUCAAACUCUUGCUAUACAAGAUAAAGAAAAUUCAUGGUUAUUAAGUGGUGAAAAACAUUAUGUUGUUAAUGGAGUAGAUUCUAAUCUAUUCUUAGUUUUUGCAAAACAUGUAUCUUCAAAUAUAACUGGAACAGAUUCAUUUUCUUUAUUUCUAAUUGAACAUGAUUUUGGAAAUAUAAAUUGUACAAAUGUAUAUGAAACAAUUGGCAGAUGUGAAAUACCUACUUGUACAGUUAAUUUUAAUGAUACAAUUGUACCUAGUGAAAAUAUCAUUGGUACACUAGGUGAUGGAUUUAAAAUAUUAAUGGAAUAUUUAAAGCCUGGACGGCAAAAUAUAUCUGCUCAAGCAAUCAGUAUUUUAAGAAACUUUAUAAAUACAUUAAUACCUGAUAUUUUACAAAUGAGGCAUUAUGAUAGAGAUUUAUAUCAAUUUGAUGUUGUGAAAAAAACUUUAAGUGAAAUAAUAUUUUCUUUGUAUACUAUGGAAAGUAUGACAUAUCUUACAAGUGGAAUGAUAGAUGAAUAUGAAAUUAUAGAUGCUGAUUUAGAGCAUAUUCUUACUGAAACAUAUUGUGCAAAUAAGUGUUUAAAAUGUAUUCAAACAGGACUGCAAUUAAUUGGUGCUCAAAGUUAUAUGAAUAAUAAAUCAUAUAUACAAGCAUUUCAUGAUGCUAUGGCUCUAACAACAAUGGAUAUAAAUAAUUUAGAUGCCAGUACAUAUGCAGCAGGACGUAUUGUACAAAAUAUUGGACAGACAAUGGCUGAUCAUAUAUUUAAAAAAAGAAAUAUUUUUCAAUUUCCUUUUUAUAAUAUGCUAAAUUCAAUAUUUGAAAGUAAUUCAAAAUUAAAUGCUGAUAAAUAUCUUCAUCCAUCAUUAGCUUAUGCUAGUAGAUAUAUGGAAGAUUGUAUAGAUAGAUUGAAAAACAGUAUUUUAAUAUUACUGGAACGUAGUGGAUCACAGUCUGUAGAACAAUAUAUAGAUUUAGAAAGAUUAACUGAAAUGUUAACAGAAAUAUAUGGAACAUUUGCUAACUUAUCACGUUCUUCAAAAUCAUAUUGCAAUGGUAAUCAAAAUGCAGAUCUUGAAAAAGAAGUAGCACUUAAAAUGACAUUUGUAACACAUUCUAAAAUAUGUGAAAUUUCAAAAAUUAUAGAAAAUGGUCCAUUAUUUAAUGGUGAUCAGUGUUACAUAAGUGCAAUGGACCUUAUGUAUGAAAAACGUGAAUAUUCUAUGAUACAUCCUUUGAUUAAAAUAUUUUAAAUAUUUAAUAUAGUUUUUAUAAUAAUUUAAUUUUUGUUUUUAAUAUACACUGUAAAAAAUAAUGUUAAAAUGAUAAAUAAAGAAUAAAACAAACACUUUUUUAAUGAUUAUAUAUUUAUAUGUAAGUAGUAGUAUAUAAUAUUUCUUCUUAUACUAGUAUACAUUAAAUUUAAAAGCAAAAUAAGA